AUGGCCUACGUCGUCAGAACAGAGUCGGAAAUGGAGCUGGAAAGGUAUCGGCAAGCAAUGGUUCAUUAUAGAUCCAUACCACAGAAAUGUUUCAACUCCUCGUAUGAAAUCCCCGAACUUCUGAGAACACUCGAAGCUGAAGAGUUGGGUGGAGGGAGGCAGCGUGACGAGCCGAAACCACCCCGUGAAAAUCCUAGCGACGCCCGGUCCUCAGCUCCAACAGCUCCAGAAUCGUGGAAGGACGAAAUGACAGACACUACAUUAGAAGGCCCUUUGCCAGUCGCCUUCGAAAAAGCACUUAACGAGCUUCGCGUUGUCCCUCUUGCCAAUGUUAACAUUGUGCUGGUAUCCGCGUACUAUAGGUCCGGUUCUUCAUUUUUUGGUGAACUUCUUUCAUCUGGGCCCAGGACGUUCUUCCACUACGAGCCUCUGCAGAUCUUCUCCAAACCUGGCCGGCUGCGUGCUGGCCGAGAACGGCACGCGUUCCAACUUCUCGACCAGCUUGUCCGGUGCCGAAUGCAAAACGUGCCACUUUACACCGCCUGGCUGGAAAGCAGGCAGUCCUACAAGCACAACUUGUUCUUAGCCAACCUUUGUGGAGACAGAACAUCAUGCUCGUGUCCAAGCCACGUGUCUGCGUUAUGCUCUCGAGCACAAACACAAGUUUUCAAGUUCACCAGGCUCUAUAUCUCUCAGGUAGCGACUUGGAUCGAGCGGAACACGGCCUUCGCCCGCAACACAAGAGUGGUGCACCUAAUCCGAGAUCCGCGUGGUAUCUACGCCUCGCGCAAAGCACGGGAAUGGUGUGCGAAACACGAGGAGUGUGGAACCCCCGAAGCUCUGUGCAGCGACAUGCGCAAAGAUAUCGAAGACUUCAAAAAGCUCACUGAAAAGCUCUCGUCCAGUCGAACUGUCACGGUCCGCUUUGAAGAUUUAGCCCGCAACCCCUACAAAGAAACUACGCGGCUCUUUUCCCGCCUAGGACUCAAGUAUGGGGGUUCGGUGGUCUCGUACCUACAGAACCACACAGUGGCAACCGAAGAGGACAAGAGAAACCCGCGUUCCACGAGAAGAAACACGAGCACAGUCAUUGACAGCUGGAAGAGAAACCUCUCUGCAAAGAUAAUUGGCAAAAUAGAAAGCGCGUGUGGUGACGUCAUGCGAACGUUCGGCUAUGAACCACUGUACCUCGACGUUACUGGUAGUGGUCAGAACUAAAUAGAACAAACAUCACUUGACCUAAGGAAGACGACGUAAGGUUCGCACUCUCACGUGUCUGAAAAGUCUAGUGUGUCCAUGCCAAGUCUCCUAAUGUGCAUAGAACUGGAAUUUUCGUCUUCUGUGAUAUGGACCGAGUACCUUGAACCAGCUUAAUUUAUUGAUUAGGUUCAUUGAUGGAGCAAUAUUGGUAACAAAUAUGUCACCACCGGGAUACUCCGCAAGUGUAGAUUGUAUAACAAAUGAAGCACUUAUGUGUGGA